ACUUGCGUGGGCUGUGGGCAACUGUGGUGGCCGCGUUCAAUGGCGCCGUCGGUGGAGGUUGAAGUAUAUGUACUACCAUUGGUACUACAUACGGUGUUCCGAAAUACCGUGUGCUGCUUAUUUUAAACCAGCGCCUGCUGCGAACACAGCGUGUGCCACGGGGUCAUCUCUGUAAUUGCACUGUGGGAGGACGUUGCCGGUGCGCGUGCGGCACUCGAGCGUCGUGUCUGUGAACUCUGCGACUGCUCAUCGGCCAGUGACACGCAUGGACCGACGGAGGGCUUUUGCUGCAAAUCGGGAACAACUCCAAGAACUCUGUGCCUUGCUACGAUGCAACGUUAGGGAAUGCACGCAGACUGUAGAAAUCCCCUUGUGGACAGCUAGUUAAUACUAUAUCGGCUCAAGGAAAACCCGGGUCCAUGGAGGCCCUGGUUGCUGAAGGGACGCUGGGUUCCUCACCUGAGCCAUGUGUCAUAGGAGUGACAGCACCAGGUGGCAGCGCCGCCAAGCGCAGCUGGCAACAGCUGCGGCAGGCUGUGCGACAGACACGCUGUCGCUUGUACGGCCUUGCCUCACGCCUGCCCAGCAGCGUUAUCUUUGGCAAGGGUCGCCUCUACUUCCUCAGUCCGCUGACUGAGGGACGUGAGAGCAGCCUCCACUACGUCGACCUGCCUCCACUCCAUGCUCAGGGCACCGAGGCCGCUAGCCUGACUGGGGUUGGUGGCUCGAGCGGUAGCAGUGGCAAUGAAGGUGCGGCAGGAGCGGGUGGAACAUUGGGUUCAGCAGCUCCUCCCGUGCUCCAGUGGCGCCCUCUGCUGGACCCCAAGUUCCACCGGUGUCACCCGCCUGGGCGGCUGUCACGAGAGGAACAGCUCCAGUGGGAGCGGCGCCGCCUCAUGGCCUGGGGCAUCACGUCAUUUGACUACCAGGGUGGUCGCUUCGUCUUUCCUGCUGGUGGCUCCCUCUUCUUCUGCGAUGACAUGCCCCUGGGGGGUCCUCACUUCCCGGUGGAGCUCCGCACGUCGUUGAGCUGUGCACGCCUCAAUGCACAGCUUUGUCCAUUCAACGGUGAUGUCGUGGCCUUUGUGGCGGCAGGUGACCUGUGGGUCACUCACCUGGGCUCAGGUGCCGAGGCACGGCUCACGCACACUCGCUCAGAAGGUGCAACUGUGUCAGAGAGUCCAGUCAGUGUGGGCGUACCAUCCUACGUCACCCAGGAGGAGUUCAACCGGUACGUCGGCUUCUGGUGGUGUCCCAUGAUUGAUGCAGUGGGAACGUACCGCAUCCUGUACGAGGUGGUGGAUGAGAGCGACGUGGAGGUGCUUCAGCUGCCUUCGUUUGGCGAGGAUGGCAUGGCUGGCACAGAGGAACACCGCUUCCCCCGUGCAGGUUCCCCAAAUGCCCGCUCCUCCCUUGCCCUGGCACAAUUCUCACUCUCCCACACUGGACAGAUCGAGAAGGUGUGUCUACUGUCCCUGACUGAGCCCUUGUCAUCACUAUCACCAAGUUCAGAGUACCUGCUAAGAGCUGGCUGGACACCUGAUGGCUCUGCGGUGUGGGCAGAGCUUCUGGACCGUCCACAGCAACGACUGCAGCUGGUGCUGUUCCCGCUGAGCUGCUUCCAACCCCCUGAGGGUUUGCAGCAAGCCUCAGCACAGUCCCUCCUCCUCUGGCAGGAGACCUCCCAAGUCUGGAUCAAUGUGCAUGAUGUACUGAUCUUCCUGCGGCCAGAGUGUCCCCAAGAGCUGCGCCUCCUGUGGGCCAGUGAAGAGUCCGGCUUCCGGCAUCUCUACCUCCUGCAGCUACGCACAGAUGGCCAGGCUCCCUGCACAGCCCUUCCACUGCCCUUGGGACAUGGUUCAGACCGCCUGGUGUCCAAGACACAGCUUACCUCUGGGGAGUGGGAGGUGUCUGAGAAGGAUGUAUGGGUGGACGAGAGCCGACGGCUAGUCUACUUUGUGAGCCUCAAGGACACACCUUUGGAGAGGCACCUGUAUGUGGUGGGCCUUGAUGGCCAAUUACCUGUGUCAAGGCUGACUGAGCCAGGGUACUCUCACAGCAUCUUCAUGGAUCAGGGGUGCAGUAUGUUUGUUACGGUCAAGAGCAGUCUGAGUGAGCCACCCUCGAGCGCUGCGUAUGGGCUGAACCACUCGGAGGAACCAUCAUGUCCACCAUCUCCACGCCUUGUGGCUGUCUUACUGGAGCCAUCAAGACCUGUUGUGAUGCCUCUGCUGGAUGGUGCCAAUGUUGGAGGCUAUCAGGAGCCAGAGCUCUUCAGCCAUACAAUCUCAUCGGGCCACGUGGUGUUUGGCCUGGUCUUCAAGCCAGCACACUUGGAGCCACAGCGUCGUUACCCCACAGUGCUCACCAUCUAUGGAGGCCCAGAGGUCCAACUGGUUACAAACUCCUUCAAGGGCAUGCGGCAUCUGCGGCAGCAUCUUCUGGCCUCCGAGAACUAUGCGGUUGUGGUGGUGGAUUGCCGGGGAUCACGGCACCGGGGCAUUGAGUUUGAGUCACAUAUCAAAGGCCGCAUGGGCACAGUUGAAAUAGCGGACCACGUGGAGGUACUGCAGUGGCUGGCCCAGGAGAAGGACUACAUUGACCUGUCCAGGGUAGCAAUCCACGGCUGGUCCUAUGGUGGCUACCUGUCCUUGAUGGGGCUGGCGCAGCGGCCAGACAUCUUCAAGGUAGCUGUGGCUGGGGCGCCGGUCACCUCAUGGGGGCUCUACGACACGGGCUACACGGAGCGCUACAUGGGUGCCCCCCAGGACAACCCACAGGGUUACAGGAGGGGCUCGGUGCUCUCCUACAUCUCGCAGUUGCCCAGUGAGCAGAACCGGCUGCUCAUCGUGCACGGUCUGAUGGACGAGAAUGUGCACUUCACACACACCAGCCAGCUGGUGGCUGCGCUUGUCAAGGCCGGAAAGCCCUACCAGCUUCAGGUAUACCCAGCUGAACGACACAGCUUGCGGCACUUGGACACGAGUGAGCACUAUGAGACCACGCUACUGAGCUUCCUGCAGGACAACCUCUGACUCUGCUACAAGAUGACAUGGUUCCAGAUCGAUGUUUCGAAAGUGGUGCGAAGACCAGGAUGCCUGAGCCGGCGCCGUCGCUUUACCGUGCCGUGGUGGUUCCUUGCCCUACUCUUCUGGUUGGGGCUGGCAAUGGAAGGUGCUCAUUCAUGGCUGCCAUAUAGCACUGCUGCCUAUUGGCUCUGCAACAGUCCUCCAGGCUACCAGGCAGUACAGACGGUACCCACCGGCCUGGUGAAAGUGAGCUGCAGGCGAGAGGCUAAACAUCAGAUUGAGAUCAUGCAGGCUGCCGUUGUUGCUACUGCGGCCCAAAACGAUGUCUUCUGCUACAUGGUGUCGGUGACUUUCGCUUGUGCUUAGCCCAGCAACACGAGUAGCAGCCUUGCUGCUGUUUAGGGCCAACACAGGCGCUGUGGUAAUGCAGCUUAGGCUGGCCACUGUGGCUCAAUUGCAUGAGUUACAAGAGGCCAGUGCUUUAGCACCAGUCAAUCACCUGCCAUGCCAUUGAAGCUGCAGUGUCAUGAGGGAAGCAGCUUUGGUCGGCCCACCAAGUGUUUCAUAUGCCAAUCAGCAUUCAUUGCUAGAUGCAGUCACUAACGGUGUGCAUUCUUGUCAGCAAGUGAACUCUUCUGUGUGGUUCCCCACCUGUGCCUGGUGAUUGGAGUGACCUGCUAGGUGUGACUUUUACCAUAAUGAUAGUGUGUAUAAGUGAUCAAACAUCCUCACACGGGAAGGCCUGCCCCUGAAGACAGGUUUUUGCAGUCGAUAAGGCAGGAGGGAGGGGGUAAUGGGAAGGGGGGCAUGAAUGUGCACAAUUGUCAUUGUUCUGUGUGUCCCGACUGUGUUGCUGGACUUACGGCAGCCUUUUAUUUUAUUUGACCAGGUAGGUGGGUGUCCUAUGCAUUCAUUGCAGUGUGUGGAAACAGAGUAGGUUGAAAAAAAGGCAUGAAAUGUGUUGCAGAGUGUGCAAGUGUGGACCUUCAUGUGACACAUUGAUAUCUCGAUGAAUGAAACAACAGCUCUUCUCUUUGGUCGUAUUACCGCUAUAGGAAUGCAGAAAUAAUUGUGCCAUGGGCUCUGCUAGUGCUGGGUCACAGCAGCGACAUUAAUGUAAUGCAAAGGCUUGCUCUAAUAUGUUAGUGCAGAAGUGACCAAGAUGCGAGUACAGCUAUGGCAGGAGGGUAACAAUUCAUUUGCCACGGUGAAUUAGUUUGCAGUGGGAUCAUGAAUGUAAUUAUUAUAAAAUAUUUAUAAAUAGGGGAUGUAUUGGUACCUUCUUGAAAGUUGAACUAGAAGGAUUUGUUGUGGCAAAAGAUGCGGAAACCUGAACGUUAUGUCAUCCCAGUAAACUGCUGUUAUUGAUAAGUCUAAAAUUUUUAUAGUGAAUAAGGGGGGGGGGGGGGAAUAAGACGGAAGAAAAAGACAGUGACUGUCCGAAGGGAGAAAUGGUCAAGUUCUGCUUCAUGUGCCAGAAAUUAUUAGAACUCAUGUUGUCAUUACUUUUUGCUGCUGGCUUUUGCCUGCUGAUUACUUGAGUGUGAGAAAUUGCUUCCUUGCUCAUAUUUUACCGACUCAACAAAUCAAGUGCUGUGUUCUAUGAAAUGAAAAAAAAAAAAAAUUUGCUUUUGAAACUUCACUUCCCACUUGAACUGCACAUCCUCCCCCCAUAUUUUUAAACAUUUCAAAGGGUUGAGGCUAAUGAACUUCCUUUGUAGAGGUGGCCCCAUUGGUGGAUGAAUUUUUGGCCCCCAGUUUUUAGAAGAAUGUGCGAUUUGAAAAUCAGACAUUUCACAUUAACACAAUGACAGAUGCUCCCAGAGCAUUAACUGAUUUUUUUUUUUUUUCUGAGGAACCCUAUAAGCUUUCAGAUGCCCCAUUGUCAUUGCUCCCUAGACAUGCAUGCUUAAAGGGCAUAACAAAUGUCUGCACAGAAUCAAAUAGAUACAAUGUGUUAAAGAUGCAAAAAGAAAUACGAAUGAAAAGAGCACACAAGCUUAAUGUGGGAGGUAGGAGGGAUUAGUGCUUACUAAUAUUGUAUUGCAGUGCUAAAGGAAUGUUUGUGUAGGUUGUUGUGUGCAUUGAUUCGAGUACUCUUCUAACCCAAGAAAGCCAUUUGUUGAAUCCUAGAGUUGUCAGGAAUCUGCUUUGCGAACACAUGCUGUCUUGAACACUCUUUAGUGCCAUGUGACAUAGGGAAAGCUCUUAGUGGUACUGCUGGUGGGAUCAUUCUGCCCACUGCAGUGCGUUCACUGAUGACUUAUGGCAUCACUUCAGUUUGAGUAGCAACACGGCCACUCUAGAGAGUUGCACAUGUGCAACAGCUUUAAUAUACAGCAUUCUUCUGCUUGACUGGCUCCAAAACUGCGAGUGGAACUCUACUUUGAGCCUGGUUUAGUAAAUUGUGUUAUAAAGGAUACAAGGAAACACGAAAAUUGAAUAAAGUGAUGAACAAGGGGA